AUGUCUUCUCUUUUAAAAAAGCUUGCUGAAAUUACUUUGCCUGUAGAUGAAUAUAAUAUGCAUUUGAAUUCUCAAGGAAAUGUUGUAAAUGAAGAGUUAGUACAGCGUAAUUUUGAGUUUUUAGAAAAAAAAUUAUAUAAAUUAGCCUCUAAUACAGCACUUUUAUUGAACCAAAAUGAUAAAUUUCUUUCUUCUAUCACCAAAGACAAGAAUAGUCAUUUCAUCGAUCCAAUACAUGCUCUCUAA